UUUUUUAAUGUGCUACAGUGUAAAUAUAUUUUAUCCGGAAAUAUAAUUUGUGUAAAUUUUUUCACCUUUUGUAUUAAUAAUUCUUAAAUAAAAUUUUAUGUAUGAUUUAUUUAGAGAAUAAAAUGAUUCUACACAUGUGUAAAUUUUUAUUAAUAUUUUUGUACAUCAGUUUGCUGAGAUUUUGUGUAUUGGUAAAUGGCAACUUUGUCCCUGAUAGCUUCAUGGGUUUAUCUACGGUAAUAGGCCCUGAUACCUAUGGAAUACUGAACCAGUAUAAAAAUCUAUACACUGAAGGGUUAUCGCAAUUUGUCUCAGACAAAGUUAAUUUGAGCAAGUAUAAAAGGUUUUACACCGAAUUUGAACCUGUUGCGGCUAAUAUUUUUACAAAGUAUAAACAGGUCACAGCGAUUUUCAUGAGCACUUCGAGAUUCUAUUACAACUACCGUCACUCGGGAAAUGUAUUUGCAGUGUUGUCAAAAUAUGUUAAAUUCGGGCAACUCUCAAAUAAAUACAUGUCACCCAUCCUACCAGAAACUUGCGCCUGUCAUCCAACUAACACUGCGGCGGGCAGAAUCUACGUUGAUUCUAACGUUAAUCUUAAGUAUUACAAGGGUGUAAUAUCUAAAGACGAAUCGAACAUUUAUUAUGAAGACUUGAUAAUUAAAUACAACGGUCACGGACUCCUAAAGAAACAUUUCAGAUAUGCCAUGACCGGCAGAUAUCCCAAACAAUUCCCAAACUCCUUAAAAGUCUACACACAAUACACCGUGGGAGAUGAGGUGGGAAGUAAUAAGUUUGUGUAUAUGACGGGUCAUGGAGGAGAUUCGUAUCUCCAAUUUCAGGCUAAAGACUUUAUUUCAUCAGUUGAGAUGGCGACGAAUUUUAAGGAAAUGUACCUAAAAGAGCCGAGGAUGAAGAUAUUCACACUACUGGACACCUGCCAAGCGUCUACAAUGUAUACCCAUGUGGACAAGGAGAUUCCACUGGUGUGGAUCGCCUCAAGUGUCAGGGGUGAGAGUAGCUACAGUCAUAACCCAAACCCGUACAUCUCAAUCUCGACAUGUGACAAAUUCACAUUUGUGCUGAGUAACUUUUUGAACAGUGUGUUAUCGGGGAUUGUCCAUGGAACUAAUAAGGCCUCGGUGUCCAGACUCUCACUCAGACAACUGCUGAGAAAUUAUGAACGGAACACUGAGAAGGAAAGGAUCGAAUACGGCGUCAGUGAGAACAUAAUUGACGGAGAUUCGGGGGAAAAGUUGGAUAAAGUUUAUUUAGGGCAGUUUAUAUUCAAUUAUCGUAAAUUAUACGCCAACUCGCUCAAGUUCAAGGUUAAUAAAAAUAAAGGUAAAAAUUCCAAGAGGUUUAGAAACUUUAAAGUUGAAAGUGCCAAGCACCAAAGAUACGAAAAUUCAACACUCCUAGACAAGGUUAUCCAUUUCCUCAAUAAUCCUGGAAUUAUUUAUCACUCAACGCCAAGAGAAUCAUGAGAUAAAAUAAUAAAAAUUUGGAUUAAAUAAUUCACUCAAACUGUACAAAUAAUUUAAAGGCAAAUAUUUGAAAAAUUAACCUGAUGGAAUAAAUUUAAUAAUUUAAUGGCAUGUACA